UUUCAACCUGUAAUGCACUCACUUUUGCACGCUUGGCCUCUCAUACAAAAGUACUACCUUGAAUGUAUUGCUAAGUCAGCAACAUAAGUUGGUUCCCUACUAUUGUUUCCAAUUGGAGGGAGAGAAUAUUCACAAACCGCAUUAAGCAAAGCAUACUAUAUCUUCUCAUAGUGCCGCAUACAAUGGCAACCAUUCAGAACGACGACGAGCGUCUUCUAGCCCGAAUUGGUUAUAAACAGGAAUUACGUCGGGAAUUUUCCAAAUGGUCCACUGUCUCUUAUGCCAUCUCCAUCCUAGGGAUCUUAGGCUCAGUCCCUGCAACUUUUGGCUCACCCUUGGCUGCUGGUGGCCCAGCGACAGCCGUAUGGUGCUGGUUCUUCGGCUCGUGCAUGGCGAUGUGCAUUGGCAGUUCUGUGGCAGAAUUGGUUUCUGCAUAUCCCACAGCCGGAGGAAUGUACUUUGUCACUAAACACGUUGUCCCAGAAGAACAAGUACCGAUCUUUUCCUGGAUACAAGGGUGGUGUAACCUCCUGGGACAAACUGCCGGCGUGUCCAGCGUUGCCUACACAGUCAGUCAGAUGCUACUUGCCUGUGUCAGCAUGAAUUCUGAGCUGGUUGAUGGGAAGUAUUCAUAUUCACCGACCGCUCUGGAAACGGUUCUCUUGUCCAUACUCCUCUUGUGUAUCUUGGGCGCGAUAUGCUCUUUGACGACGAAGAGCUUACACCGCAUUGUUUCUUGGUUUGCCCCAAUCAACAUCUCCGCAACAAUUAUCAUCUGUGUUGUGCUCCUCUACUACACACCCGAUAAACAAACCGCUGGCUGGGUCUUCACCAACUUCACCGAUGGAUCCGGAUGGGGCUCGAAAUUCUUUUCCUUCCUGCUAGGAUUCAUAUCCGUAGCAUGGACGAUGACAGACUACGACGGAACCACCCACAUGUCCGAAGAAACCCACGACGCCGCAACCCUAGGACCCCUAGCCAUCCAAACUGCCGUCCUCGUCUCGGGCGCCCUAGGCUGGAUCCUCACCGUCUGCAUGUGCUUCUGCCUAAGCGACUUCGAAGGCAUCCUAAACAGUCCCACGGGUCUUCCCGCCGCCCAAAUCUUCCUCAACGCGGGCGGAAAGCGCGGAGGAACAGUAAUGUGGGGAUUCGCGAUCCUAGUUCAGUUCUUCACGGGCUGUUCGGCCAUGCUAGCAGAUACUAGAAUGGCGUAUGCGUUUGCGCGCGACGAAGCACUCCCGUUUUCCGCCGCCCUUUCGAAGAUAAAUAAAGUCACCCACACGCCCGUCAACGCCGUCUGGUUCGUCGUCUUCUUCAGUGUCUGUCUUAAUUGCAUCGCCAUCGGCUCGACCGAGACUGCUACCGCGAUCUUCAGCAUCACGGCCCCGGCACUCGAUAUCUCCUACGUGUCGGUGAUCUUGGCGCAUAGACUCUACAGGAAGAGAGUCAAGUUUAUUGAGGGGCCGUUUACGCUGGGGAAAUGGGGCCCGUAUAUCAAUUGGGUUUCUGUUAUCUGGGUUUUGUUUAUUAGUGCGGUGUUGUUCUUUCCGCCGCGUGUGCCGGUUACUGUUGUUAAUAUGAAUUAUGGGAUUUGUGUUGGCGCGUUCAUUGCUGUUUUUGCUUUGGUGUGGUGGUGGGUUGCUGCUAGAGGGACAUACAAGGGUCCUCGAACCGAUGAUCAUGUUCAAGAGGUAUCUACAGAGGAUCUAGGUGGUAGUUAUGGAGCUGUUGACAUUGCAUACACAACCUCUCGAAACUAG